AUGGUUAGUUUGCUGACCUUGGUUGUCCGGGAUAGUGCUGACCAUGAGGUAACAGACUCCAUGGUGGUCAAUGUAGAUGUGACCCGUAACAUCCACCAACCAUCACUCAGAGUGUUCUAUCAACAGGAGAUUCCUGAAACUCAAGGUGUCGGCACUCAGGUGGCAAAUCUCACUGGAUCGGACCUUGAUGGGGAUGAAUUGAGAUAUGAGAUCACAGGCACAAACCAAACCAGACAGUACUUCUAUGUGAUACCAACAGAGGGAGGUAUUUACCUGAAAAAGCCAUUACAGGGACCGGAGCAUCCAAGAUUAUUCUAUUUCAAUGUGAAGGUCAGAGAUCAGAGAAACCCAGAGAAGUCUUCCACUGCCUCAUUUACAAUCCGAGUCAGCAGUGAAAAUGUCCCACCACAGUGGCUCCAGCUGCCUUAUGGCACAAACAUCAAACGCAAUGCCUCAGUUGGUGAUGUGGUGAUCACAGUGGCCGCUGCCGAUCCCGAUCUAAAAGGCACUCUGAGAUACCGACUUGGUCCUGGUGUGGUACCAGCUCCAUAUUUCUUCACUAUUGAUGAAAUAACGGGUCAAGUUAAAGUCAGGAAUAGUCUCACAUUUGGAACCGAUUCAGUGUACAAUUUACGCGUUCAAGCAUUUGAUGAUGGCUAUCCAUUUAACUACAAUGAGACAACAGUGACACUCACCAUACCCCAGCAGGCCCCUGUGUGGCAGACGACAGUUAUCACCAGAAAUAUCUCCAGAUCCCUGGGUCCAGGAAGUACUGUGAUCACACUGGACGGAUAUGUUACUGACCCAGAUGGGGAUAGCCUAACCUACACUCCAGAAGAUGGCAGCACUCCUGGUGCCUAUUCCUACUUCCUGCUCAGACAGGAUAACGGAAAAAUCAUUGUUACUGGACUGUUGAGCCAGGCACCUUCAUCAACAUAUCGGUUUAACAUAAGAGCCACAGACAAUCGCAGACCACAGCAGUCAGCAUCAGGUGUAGUUAUUAUCAAUCUUAUGGAUGAAGAGAAACCGCCAGUGCAGAACAUCAGCUACACCACCACCAUUGAUGACACCCAUCCUGUCAAUUCUGAUGUGUUUGAAUUACGAAAUUCUGGGAAUGUCAUCCUGCGCUAUGAGAUGGCAGAGGAGCAGCAGCAGUAUCCUGCGUCCUACUUCUUCCGUGUCACACAAGAUGGCCAUGUGCAAGUGAAGCAAAGUCUGCUGAAUGAUGUCCAGUUGUCACCCAAGUACACUCUCUUGGUUGCUGGAUAUAACACAGCUGAGCCUGGGUCUGGGCCUCUUGUAUACAUUACUCUGUAUGUCAAUGUGCGACGUAACCAAGCAGGACCACAGUUUAACCGAACUGUUUACUAUAGCAACAUCACAGACACACACCCCAUUGGAGGUUUAGUUAUCAUACUACAAGGCAGGGAUCCUGAUGGUGGCUCCAUUACAUAUAAUCUAGUUGGUGAUGAAAAUGCCAAGGCACACUUCUUUGUCCACCCAACCACGGGAGAAAUUAUUCUGAUCAAGUCUCUGGCAGAUGUGACCACUUCAUACUUUUAUCUUGUGAUUGAGGCUUGUGAUGACGAUCGUCCUAAGAAAUGUGUCAAUCUCACCAGCACCAUUAACGUGUUGCGUAAUCGGAACUUGCCGCAGUUUACAAAUGUACCUCACACCCUCAGUAACUUCCCACCUGGCGUGAACUCUGGAUAUAUAGUCUAUAGAGUACAGGCAAUAUACCCCCAAGGAGGAGAUCUUGAGUACCAGUUAGUAGGAGAGGGUCCAGCCACACAGUACUUCAGAAUAAACCAAACAACUGGAGAGAUUAUUGUCAGGCGUCCCCUGGAUAGAGAUAUCUCUAUGUAUAUUCUUAAAGUGCUUGCUAGGGUCAUAGAUCAACCACAACUAAGCACAACCGGCACAGUGACUCUGUUUGUAAACACCAAUACCAAAGCCCCGCAGUUCAACCCAAGUGUUAUUAUGGUUCCGAUUGAUCCAGAUCAACAAGUAAAUACACCAUUCCGCACAGUGACUGCCACUGAUGAAGAUGGCGAUGAGUUGACCUACAGUCUGAUAAUGGUGAUCCCUGAAUACUCCAGCCAGUGGUUCAGGAUUGACCCAAAUACUGGAGCAAUAUCUCUUACAAAUUCUGUAGAAUAUGACAACUCCACCCGCUAUACUUUGGUUGUCCAAGCAGCUGAUGGCGGCUACCCCAGCCCUCAGUUUGGCUAUGCCACAGUCCAUGUGCUUGUCGACAGGAUAGGGGGAAUCAGUGUGUCUUCUUUCACUGCCAAUAUUUCUGAGUCACACCCAGUGGGAGGAUUUGUCAAAGUGAUUACUGCUACUGGCUCUGGACUCAGAGGUUCUCCAAGGUUCCGUAUUACAGGAGUCUACCCAGCUCCACAUUUCUUCUCCAUUGUAGAAGACACUGGGGUGAUCAGGGUGCACAGGUCAUUGAGGGAAGACAGCCUGCAGCUGCCAGCUUUUAUUGUGAGAGUGGAGGUCUAUGACUCUCUUUACCCAGAGAACAAAGCCUCAGCCACUGGUGUCAUCAAUGUAAUGCGGAACCCAACUGGACCCAGGUUCACACCACCCACUUACAACGUGAACCUGACUGAUAUCUCUCCAGGGGGGAUGCUCAUACAGGUCUAUGCUACUGAUGAGGAUGGGGAUGACCUGAGAUAUACAAUAGAGAGUGCUAAUGAUGAUGGCCUCAACUUAUUCCACAUUACCCCAGACGAUGGUGUGAUCUACAUGAGGAAACCUGUCAGUGAAGCACAAAAGGAUGAGUAUACUGGUUCUCCAAGGUUCCAUAUUACAGGAGUCUACCCAGCUCCACAUUUCUUCUCCAUUGUAGAAGACACUGGGGUGAUCAGGGUGCACAGGUCAUUGAGGGAAGACAGCCUGCAGCUUCCAGCGUUUAUUGUGAGAGUGGAGGUCUAUGACUCUCUUUACCCAGAGAACAAAGCCUCAGCCACUGGUGUCAUCAAUGUAAUGCGGAACCCAACUGGACCCAGGUUCACACCACCCACUUACAACGUGAACCUGACUGAUAUCUCUCCAGGGGGGAUGCUCAUACAGGUCUAUGCUACUGAUGAGGAUGGGGAUGACCUGAGAUAUACAAUAGAGAGUGCUAAUGAUGAUGGCCUCAACUUAUUCCACAUUACCCCAGACGAUGGUGUGAUCUACAUGAGGAAACCUGUCAGUGAAGCACAAAAGGAUGAGUAUACUUUGGUGGUAAUGGCUAAAGAUGGACGUGGUAAAAAUGCCACAGCCCUGGUCUACAUCAAUGUGGUGGGAGACAGCCUUCCGUUUUUCGAAAACUUACCAGAAACUAUUGAUAUCCCUGACACCCGGGCUGUAAAAUCCACCAUCUUCACAGCUCUUGGAAGAGAUAAUACUUUGUCUGGUAACCUUGUCUAUACAGUGGUUGGUAACUUUCCCGCUGAGUUGUACUUUGAAGUAGGGAACAACAGCCGGGGAGAAGGCGAGGUGAAAAUAAGAAGAGAUUUGAGAUCAGACAACUAUGGCACCAGAGUAUACACAGUUGAGCUAACAGUCCAUGAUUCUGCAGUGCCAGGCAGGAAAGGGCGUGGAGAGCUGAUAGUGAGGGUGAAUCGCCUGUCCAACCCCAAUCCACCGAGGUUUGAGAGGAACUCCUACAACUACACAAUAUCUGACACAUAUAGCGUUGGAUUGAGUCUACCUCCUCCUCGUAUCAGAGCAACAGAUCCAGAAAAUGAUACGGUAUCAUACAGCAUUGUGGAGACUGCUGAUGGUAACUCGGUAUCUGAGUACUUCUUUGUCAAUCCAAAUACAGCAGACAUCAAAGUAAUAAAAAAUCUAACUACAGCAUCUGAUGUCUACACUUUCAUAAUUGAGGCAGCAGACUCUGGUAUACCAGUAGCCAAGAGUCAGGCCUAUGUAACAGUGAACAUUGAAAGACGUGCAAACAGAGCUCCAGUUUUCUUGCCACCAUACGCUGCUAAUGUCAGCCAGAACUUCCACCUCAGUGACUCAUUCUUCAGAGUGCUGGUUUCAGAUCGAUCUGUUGCACCAAUAAAUCUAGAUAUAGUUGGUGAGGCUCCAGCUCCGGAUUUAUUCAGGGUCAACAGUGAUACUGGUAAACUGUAUAUCAAGUCUUUAGAUCUCGCCUCUCAGGUCAACUUGGUUUACUAUCUGGACAUUGAGGCAUACUAUACAGACAGCCCAGAAUAUAAAACCAGACAGCUCUACACAGUGAAUGUCAAUAGAAAUCCCCAUAAACCAUACUUCCCAUCACAAUUAAACAUUGUUCAGCUGAAGGAAAACCAUCAGCUUGGGGUUCCUAUUACUAUAAAUGGUCAGGACAGAUUGGUGGCCAAGGACUUGGAUGGGGACAAUUUGUAUUUUGAAUUUGUUGGAAAUAGUGACUUCUUCUUCAUCAAUCCACGCACAGGCCAGAUUUCAUUAAAGAAAACUCUCCUUGGAACUACUCAAAAUAACCAUGUGUUGAAUGUGAGUGUGACAGACGAUGGCCAGCCACCAGAGUCUGCAGAAGUCGAAGUCCAAGUAGAAGUGGUCAGAGGUCUACAGCCAUACUUUGAGCAGCAGUUCUACAAUGUUACCAUAGAUGACACAGCUGAGGAUGGCACUGUGGUGCUACCUAGUCUUGUUUCCAGGAGUAACAGUGUCCAGGACAGAAUCAUUAUCUGGCCAGUUGGCACACCACGUGCCAUGUUCUACUUCAAUUUCAAUGAAACGCGCUAUGAGAACACUGGUGGAGAUGCACAUUACUUAGAGGGCAAUAUAUACCUUCAGGCCAGUGUAGCAAGAGAUACAAGGCCAAACCCUUACCAACUAAUCUUGGUCACAUACGACCAAGCAUACACUGAUACCAAGAAUACUGCCACAGUUCAGAUUAAUGUUAACCGUAACAGUGGCAACGUGUACUUCAACCCCAGUUUGUACCCUGUAGAGGUAGAGGACACUACACCAAUUGGAGCAGCACUAGUACAAGUCAAGGCCACUGAUGAGGAUGGGGAUCCUAUCACAUACAGUAUACUAAGUGGAGGACAAUUCUUCAUACACCCUACCACUGGAUGGAUCUACACAACUGGACAACUCUCAGACUCAGACUAUUAUCUCAACGUACAGGCCAGUGACAGAGGAAACCCUGAGAAGACAGACAAUGCUACUGUCCACAUCCAUGUUGUCUUUGACACUGAUCUGCCGGUUGUCACCCUGCCACCUGGUGUGGAUGUUGAAGUCACCUGGCCCAGGAAUAGGGGCAUUAUUAAUGUCACUGCUACAGAUGCCAAUCUUAGGGGUGAGCUGGUGUAUGAAUUGGUAGGGGAUCACACAUCAAUGCAGUUCUUUGGAAUCAAUAAUGAAACUGGUCAAAUUUACCUAAAGAGGUCCCUGCUAGAAGACCCUGCACUUAAUACACAGUACUUUUUGACGGUCCGUGUGUAUGACACUGCUUUCCCCGAGAACUCAAGAGAGGCUUUGACUAUAUUCAGAGUCAAUAGAAAUCCUGGAUAUCCCAUAUUUAUUGGGGACUAUGACAAGACUAUUGCUGAAGACUAUGGAUGGGGUGUAGUAGUCAAUGUGACUGCAGUCGAUGCUGAGAGACAAAAGAUGGAGUAUGAAUUGAUAGGCAACCAGAGAGCAAUGCAGUACUUCUACAUCAACAAAGACACUGGGGCAGUGCAUAUCAAGAGACCUCUGCCAGCUGGCAGGAAUGAGACAUUUUAUCUCACUGUCAGGGCCACAGACAAUGGAAAGCCUCCCAACUCAGAGGAGACCACUUUCACUAUCCAAGUAGUGGGCACAAGCACUGGAUUGCCUGUCUUUGAAAAUACUCCCUAUAUUGUCAAUGUCUCUGAAAACAGGCCUACUGACAGUUUGGUAUUUGACCAAGUGCUGGCAAGGCUGCCAUCUGGUUCUCAGGGAAGAGUACAAUAUGAGCUGGCAGAGUAUGGACAGUUCUUCCGCAUCCAAAAAGACACUGGGUUUAUAUACUUGACAAACUCACUGAGAGAUGGGAACCUGGAUGUGUAUAGACAAAGAAUAGCAGCCUACAGCAGUCUGCGCCCAGAUGUAAAGGCGUACACUGAUGUCGUCUUCUAUGUGUCUCGCAACGAGAAUCCUCCUGUGCCAGAAUACAACUACAUAGUAGUGAACAUCACAGAUUAUCAUCAACUGGGCGCUAGGAUUGUUACUUUGACAGCUAUAGAUAGAGAUAAUGAUCAUCUACGUUACAAGCUAACAAGUAGUGGAGAUUGUCUUCAGUACUUCUACAUGGAUUCUGAUACCGGAAUGAUGUCCUUACGUAGCACAUUAGAGGAGUCUUCACCAAGAACGUUUGAUUGCCUGGUCACAAUAUCUGACAGAGGAGUAGGUGACAAUCCAAACACAGCAGAAGUCAAUAUUAGGGUCAAUGUGAUCAAGGAUGUGACACCAGAGGUUGCUAAUGUCACUUUGGAGAUACCAGAAGAUAUGGGAGUGGGGACUGUCAUUGCCACCAUCCAAGGCAGGAAGGACAAUGUGGUUGGCCAUUUGAAGUAUGAAACAGAUGGAAUAUACCCUGCACCAACAUUCUUCUCCAUCAAUGAGACCAGUGGGCAGAUACAGAUAGCCCGAAGUUUGAGAAAAGACACAUUGCGACUGACUUCCUACACUCUUGUUGUGCGCGUGUUUGACACUUCUAGUCCUUCUUCUGUGGGAGUUGCCAAUGUCUAUAUUACUGUUACCAGAAACCCUGGGCAAGUAACUGUCUUCCCAACAUCACACCGACUCACCAUACAAGAUACCCAGCUGGUAGGAGAGGACCUCUUUAUACUGAAUGGAACAGACCCCAGUGGAGACAAACUGUACUGGAAUAUCAGUGGCAGUGAGUUAGCCAGGGAGUACUUCUGGGUGAAUCCAGACACUGGCGCUAUCUCUGUGAAAAAGGACCUAACACUGGAUACAUCAGGGACUGAAAAUUAUGUGGUAUUAGUGUGUGCAUAUGACCCAUACGGUAGCACUGCCUGUUCCAAUAUUGUUGUCCACGUGAACAGAGACAAAAAUGUCCCAGAAUUCCCAGGACAGCAGAAUAAUUUCACCGUUCCUGACAGCACCAAUGAAACCACAGUCAUUACCAUUGUGCGAGCAAGAGAUGAUGACUGUCCUGACUCUGCCCAAAUCCUAUAUAAUUUGGUUGGAGAAUUCCCAGCGCCAAGUUUCUUUGAAAUAGAACCCACCACGGGAGAGAUUUCCCUGAAGACUGACCUUAAACUGGAUGUCUCCAACACAAACCCAUAUGUGCUUCGUGUUGAGGCCUACUGCAGUGCUUUCCCAGAGAACAAAGCUGUCAAAGAGUUCUAUGUGUAUGUGGACAGGAACAGGUAUGGACCUGAGGUGCUGAACGGACCAUUUUCAACAGAUCUUCAGGAGUUCCAGCCACCUGGCUAUGUUAUUUUCACUGUGAUGGGAUCUGAUAGAGAUGGGGACCAGUUGACAUACAGAAUUGUUGGAAACAACGAUGUGAAGCACUGGUUUUACAUACAGCCUGACACUGGAGAGUUACAAUUGAAGUCGCCUCUGUCUGAGACCAACAUUACUGAUUUUAACUUCCACAUCAACAUCACUGACAGAGGCUCUCCAGAGAAGUUCAUACUGACCCCUGUGUCUAUAAAGGUCAUACGAGACACUGGGCCACCCAAAUUUAAUGGGCCUUACAGCGCUGCAGUCAAUGAAACUGUCAAUAUUGAUACCUUUGUGAUUAAUGUGGCAGCUGAGGACAAUGACCUAAAGGGCCGGCUGAUCUAUGAUAUUAAUGGCAUCAGCCCAGCACCACAGCGUUUUGUAAUAAACCAGAAUGGAGACAUACGUGUCAAAGACAGGCUGGACAGGGACAAUAAUGAACAGUACAGAAUUGUGGUUAUAGCUUAUGAUGAGAAGUACCCCAGCAAUGUUGGCAGUGCCACAGUGACAGUGACAGUGAAUCGUAAUGUGUACAGACCAGAGUUCACAAGGACGGACUACUCGGCCACUGUGGAUGAACACGCCCAUGUGGGUCACUUGGUCACCAAUGUCACAGCAACUGAUGGGGAUUCAGAUGGAACCUUGUAUUACAAUAUUAUUGGAAACGAAAAUGCCCCAGAAUACUUUUUCAUCCAUCCAACUUCUGGGCAAAUCUUGAUCAGCAAGGUUCUGUGGAAGGAUGCUACUCAGGCCACUUCAUAUACAGUUGUGGUGGAAGCUAAAGACCGUGGUACCCCUCAAAGGUCCAGCACAGCAGUGGUGCUGGUAUCUGUCACAAGGAACCAGUAUGCACCAACAUUUGAGAGGGUUGCCAACCUCACCAUACCUUCACACCAAGAGGUCGCCACAAAGAUUUACACUAUAGUUGCUAGAGAUCCUGAUCCACAAGGUCCUAACAGUGUGAUCAGAUACAGUGUAGUAGGCCAGCACAAUGACACCUUCCAGAUUGGUCCUGAUUCUGGUGUUCUUUCUCUCCGGAGGUCUAUUGUCAGGGACACUAGAGAGCUCUACAUUGUCACAGUGAGAGCCACAGAUGGUGGCAGACCAGUGCCUAAAUACAGAGAUGUGAACAUCUGGAUCAGGGUGGUUCAGAACACCACGGUACCGAGGUUCACCCAGAGCGAGUACAGAGCCAAUGUCUCUGAGUUGGCGCCACUCAACCAGUUUGUGGUCCAAGUAGAGGUCAUAAGAAAUGGACUGGCACUACUGGGUGAACUCAGACAUGAUUUGAUUGGCUCCGGUGCAGAGCAUUUCCGCAUCAAUCGUGACACAGGCGCCAUCUACCUUGCCACCAAUCUGAAACAAAUUACAGAUGUCAACACAUUCAGUUUGACAGUGGAUGCCUACGACACAAGAAAUGCUGAAUAUGGUCGUAGCUCUGUUCCAGUGUACAUCCGAGUGCUAAGAGUGGCAGAACCAAUCCGCUUCCUGUACUCUGCCUUUGCCAUCAACAUCACCGAAACACAGGAGAGAAUUGUGCCAAUACAGAGAGUCACUGCUACUGAUCCAAAGGGAGGUCAGUUGACAUAUUCCAUUGAUACAGAGGCGUCAACCAGGACAUCUCCACAACCCAUCACACACUGGUUUUAUAUCCAUCCAACAGAGGGAGACCUGUCAGUAGCCAGCUAUCUCACAGGGGACCCAGAGAAAAGAACAGAGUAUAAAUUGGUAAUAAAAGCAACGGACAGAAGCAUUCCUCCAAGAAGCGCAAGCACAAUUGUCAACAUCUAUGUCAGCAGAAACAUGCAUGCUCCUGUAUUCUCAAGGUCAACAUACACUGCUAAUGUUUCUGAAUCAGACAGAAUCAACACGGAGAUUGUCACUGUCAGAGCUACUGAUUUAGAUGGAGAUGCAGUGAGAUACAAAAUGGCAGUUUCCAAUGAAGUGACCUCAUACUUCACGCUGGAUGAGGUCUCAGGCACCAUCAGCAUCUUCAGGAACCUUCAGACCAUCCCUGGCGACUUGCUAGAGUUCCAAGUAAUUGCCACGGACAGACGAAACCCAGAGAAGACCAGCACCGCCACAGUGAUCGUAUACGUCAGCAGGCCCUCAGUUUUGCCAGUUUUCAGCACUGAAUCCUACAAUGCCACCAUCUCAGAGUAUGUCAGAGUGCAGACACCUGUACAGACAGUCAAAGCUGAUGGACGGAACUCCAUUCGAUACACUCUUCAAGGCAGAGGCAGUACCACUGGUGCUGCCAGAUACUUUAUCAUCAGCCCUAAUACAGGCGUUGUCACUGUAGCACAGUCAUUGUACACGGAUCUCACACAGACAAAGCUGUACCAGAUGGAAAUCACAGCCACAGAUACAGUUGGAGCUAUCCCAUACACUGCUACAGCAUACCUCGAUGUUAUUGUUUUACGAAACGAACAUGGUCCAAAGUUCAGCCCUGACAGAUAUUUACAAAAUGUCAGUGAGGAGAUUCCAUAUGGCACCAACUUGGUGACUGUCAGCGCUACCGAUGAAGACAGCAUUCUACAACCUGGAUACCCUAGCUCAAAGAUUACAUAUAGUAUCAGUUCCCAAGAUCAGCUAGGUAACAGGUUCUUCCAAAUCCACCCAGACUCUGGAGUUGUCUCCAUCAGACAGCUACUGGUCAAUGACAUUGACAGGAGAACUCAGUACACGUUUACUGUCAUUGCCAAAGAUGGAGCCACUGUUCCCAAGAGUUCCACAGCAUUGGUUGUGAUUAAUGUGGCAAGACAAGACCAACCAGACACUGGAGAGAAGGUCCUAGGGUUUGAAAAGAAUUUAUACUACAUUGGCACUAAAGAAAAUGUGGCCAAGAACAGGAAGCUGCUGCACUUGACAGUUCGAUACUCUUUGCUCAAUGCUGCUGUACAGUGUAACAUUGCUCCUAGAGAUAUUGGUAAUGUGUUUGAAAUCAGAAGGAAUUUCAAGGAUUGUGAACUUUGGCAGAUCGGAGAUCUGGACAGGGAGGCUGUGGACUUCUACAAUUUAACAAUUACAGUCGAAAAUGUUAACCCAGAGAACUCUAGGAAAAAGAGGGCUGUGGUUUACCACACCUACCAGCCAGCCACUGUUUUGGUUCAUGUGUUCGACGCCAAUGACAAUGCACCACAGUUUGUUUACCGCCAGCCCCCGUACCUCAAGUCCAUACGUGACCCCACGGAAAGCGUGUACUAUGGCGUCAUCUCUUCUGCUGCACUCCCCUUCAGUCCAGUUGUACAAAUCUGGGCAACCGAUGCUGAUUUGGGCCCCAAUGCCAAUGUCACCUACGGCAUUCCUCCUGCAAAUGGUGCCCCACUUCCUUUCACCAUCUCUUCACGGGACGGCCAGAUCUAUACUACCAAGCACUUUGUCUAUACAGAGGAGCGCAACAAGACCACUGCGGAGCCCUUCAAGCUGGAGGUGUUUGCUGAGGACAACCCCACUGAUAUUACGGAAACACCCAAUAGAAGUGUUAAUGUUGCCUGGAUCAAUCUCAUUUUGGAUCGCCACCGCAUGAUAAUGAGAAUAGCUAAGCAGAAACCAGUCCAAGUAGCUGCUUACAAGGCUGCCAUCAUAGACAUACUACAACAGAAGUCUGGUUAUGUGAUUCUUAUUGAGAAGAUAGAGAAUGCCAAUUUGCAGGUUCAAACAAUCCGAAAUAAUGUGGAAAUCAGAAGUUCUGAUGAAGAUACUGACCUGUGGUUUGUGGCUGUAGAUCCAACAACUAAGAAAAUUGUGGAGAGGGCACAACUAGAUAUUGAAAGUAAAAUCAUGAACAAGGCAGCUGUUGCUGGAAUUGCUAGUGCAGUGAAGGCAGGACCUGGUGUCAGAGUGGAUGACAUCCGUGCUCCUUACACUGGAGAGACCAAAGGACCCACUGCUGCUGAAAGCAAGUUUGUCUACAUGAACGAUGGGGACAUCUGGUGGCCAUAUUUGGUGAUUGCCCUCCUCAUCCUCAUUCUGGCCAUUGUGGGCAUUAUUUUGCUGUGUUGGUUCUGGUCAAGAUACAAACGUUACAUGAACAGAGAGAGCCACCUAUAUGUGCCUGGAGGAACUAUGUACGGUGCAGAGUUUGUUGAACCACCAGCCUAUAUGACUCAUCCAGAUGAAGAAACACAGAGUCUAGGGAUGUAUGUAGUGAAUGCGGAUGAUGGAGAUGAAGUACAAGGUGCUGCUGUGAAUUUCCACGACUCUGAUGUUGAGGAUGAGACCAAAAGUGUGACCAUGAAUGUAGGGGAUCAUAUACAGGAAGACGAAACAAAAAGUCUCACCAUGUUUGUGCCUACGGAUGAAGCUGAUCAAGGUCUCGGAGAGGUCAACCUCACCUUCCAAGCAGAUGAUCUCGCACAGGCCUAUGCUACUGGAGGAGCACACACGGAAGCCAUGCAGGUUACGCACACUGCAGAUGGUGGAGUGGCUGCUGCUAUUAACCCUACCUAUGAAGGAAACCAAGCCCAUACCACAGAAACCCGUGAAGAGCGUUAUGUAACAUCUUAUCAAGAAAGUCGGACAGAACUUUAAAUAUGCAGCUGCAAGAAACUGAAAAUAUGUGAUAAUUUUGAAAGCUGCAAUGUUGAUAUCAACUGAGAAUCAACUGUGACUAUAAUGACAAAGAACUUCAGAUUACCAAGCAGUUAUUUUACACAUGCUGCAAGAGAUUAAGAUAGUGCCAUUAAAAAAAGUGAAAAACAUUGGAGAAAUCCAUUUGAUGUAUACUUAAUAUAAAUUACUGUAUUUUUGUGCCAUAAUUCUUCUUAAAAAAAAAGAGAUAAGUCUUUCCUCCCAAUCUUUUCUAACUUUUAAAUUAUGUUGUAUAAUGUAGGGAUUAAUUUUAGUUAAAAUAUCUAGCUUGCUUAGAUUUAUAUUAUUAUCAUUGUGCUUUAUAUUUAUUACCUGUUAAUUUAAAUUUAGACUUUUUUCAAUGUUUGGCCUAUGAAUUUGAGGGGUCCAAGAUUAUAUAGCUAUUUGUGUCAUUUUCUGAAUUAAACAUGUGCCACUUUGAUCUACUUAAUAUAAAUGUGCUGCCAUAGUCUACUCAAGUUUUCAUUGUGUCUUUAAUGUCUCUGUAACCAUUGUUGAGCAGUGGUUUUUGCAACAAACUGUAAUAUUUGUAUUGUGCAAAGUGGUUAUUUAUAACAUAUCUACCAUAUUAUACAUACAUCUCUAUAAAUGUAUGAAUAUCUCUAAAGCAUAAUAUACACUUUAUAUACCAUUUAUUAUUUGGAUUAUACAUUGUUAUAACCAACUACCAAAAGGCUUAUGAAGCUUUACAUAUCAUUUUGUAAAUUUUCUAUGAAAACUGUAUUUAGUGUGGAAGAAAGAAUAGUAGGACACAAAAAAGUGUUAGUAUAGAUGGAAGUCCUAGCUUUAGGAGA